AUAAUUACGGUAACCAAAUCCAAAUUAUAUUUUAUAGAACAUAAAUCCAAAUUUUGUUGUGGUCUCUUUGUAUAUCUCAGUGUGAGAUCGGAUCCGAUUCGGGGCCCCAAACUGGUACGUCUGUGAAUCUGCAUGAGAUUUGUGGCAUUUCAGAGCUGUACACUACCCGUGCACUAUAUAUUUGAGUGGAGAGUAGGCUCCCAUCUUCUCUGUUUAGACCAUCUUUCUCUCACCCUCUUACUUGUUUUGGUCCAUGUUGCAGAAUCGUGAUCCGUGAUCUUAAAAGGAAAUCUUUCAUCUUUGGACUACACAAAAUUGAGAGGUGUUGCUUAUUCAUAGGCGGCGGAUCUAGAAUUUUAAUUUUAUGGGUUCAGCAUUUAAAAUUAUGGGCUCAUCGUAAUUUUAGUAAUUUUUACAUAUUAUGUUCCGCAAGUACUGAUUCAGUUGAGUUGUAUGGUAAAUCCGCCCCUGGCUUAUUUCCCGCCAAAACAACAAAGAAACCUCUCUUUUUCCACACUACAAUCCAACUCGUUCCUCAAAUCAUUAUAUUUAUAGCACUGCAACUUUUUCACUUUACUAUUUAAAUAGCGGUUACUAUUCACUCCCUGAAACCCCCCUAUAAAUUCAUACCUCUUUGUCAUAAUAUUACGCUGUUACAAAUUUCAUCUUCAAACCAGUUCUUGUAUCUUUCUUCAAUCUUCUAUAAAGAUAGAUUAAUGUUCUAAUCCUGUUUUCUACAAAACUUCAACUUAUUAUAUGAUAAGAAAUCCAGUCAUUUCUCCCAUGGAUGUACCAAAAACAGUUAAGUUUUCCCAACACAUAGUCACUAAAAACAAACAUGUUCCUGAGCAAAACGAAAAACCCAAUUUCCACUCUAAGUUUUCACAGAGAGUUGUUCGAAUCAUACUUACAGAUGCUGACGCAACUGAUUCCUCGGACGACGAAGGACAAGAUACUGUACGGAGAGUGAAACGGCACGUGACGGAGAUCAACCUCAUGCCAUCACCCAAUUUAAUAUGUGGAAAAAAACGAAGAUUGGUUUCGCCGGAUACUGACGUCACUCGCCGGAAAAAGUUUAGGGGAGUACGUCAAAGGCCGUGGGGUCGCUGGGCAGCAGAAAUCCGGGACCCGACCCGGGGAAAACGGGUUUGGUUAGGAACCUACGAUACCCCGGAGGAAGCAGCUACUGUUUAUGACGAAGCUGCUGUUAAGCUCAAAGGUCCUGACGCCGUUACUAACUUUCCGAAAGUAAUAAUGGCGGAUACAACGGAAACGGGGUCUGUUACCGACGGUGGAGAGAAAAGCGAAAACGACAUCGCUUUGUCGCCUACGUCAGUUCUCCGGAACGGUUUUUUUACGCCGUUUGACGAUUUGGGGUUCUGUGAAGUGGACGCUUUUGGGUUUGACGUCGACUCACUUUUCCGGCUACCGGAAUUUGGGAUGUCGGAGAAAUACUACGGCGAGGAAUUCGGCGAGUUUGACUUUGACGAUUUUGCUCUUGAAGCUCGAUAGUGUGGACUAUUUCGUUGUUUUAGAUAAAAGUUGUGGCAUUUUUGUAAAUUGAGUCAUUGCUGACGGUGACGUGGCAUUUUUUACGGGAAUAUAUAUUGUUAUUAGCGGUCGAUUUAUACGCGAUUUUGUGAGAGAGUUUUGAUUUGUUAGUGUCAAUUUUGUAGUACGAAAAUUUUGUUUGGAAAAAUAGAGUUAAUAGAUUUUGUUUGGAGAAAUACUUUUUGUAUGAUUCCAAUAAAACAAGAGUCGGAUAGUUUUA